AUGUUCGUGUUCUUGGUGUUGUUGUUCAAUGAUAUGAUCGCUGUCAAUAUUGCGAAUUACAUCUGCCGCAAUGAAGAAUGGUAUGAGCUAGAAGGCAGCGAAUUUGAACGCAAGAGAGCUCCCGUCGUGACACCUUGCACGUGGCUAGUCUGGAGUAUCGAGGUGCUCCUGCUGGCCACAUGGUCCUACUACCGAGCAUUUGUCAAAGCGACUAGGGGCAAGAGGACAGCCUCUGCUUCAGCCGACCCUCCAAUUUCCUCACGUGCCGUCCAGAUUGUUCCUGCCACCGAAUACAAUCCUUCAGUCCUUCAAAGAUUGAAGCACGACUCCAAAGACUGGCGCCGUCGUCUCGACCACAAAUUAAUAAAGAUGCAACCCGCCCGCGAUUUGACAGACUUUGUCGUAGAGCUGGAAGAGCUCGAGGAACGCUGCGCUAAAUGCGAACGUGCCGCAUGGGGUAUAGAUAUCAAACUGGAUGACAGCCACGACUGGUACGAGGUCGACUUGCUGAAGUGCUGGUAUAUGAGCGAUAAUCAUGCGAGGCGGUAUGCAGGAUGCUGGCCGCCGGGAUACAAGGAUGGACAAAUAGACAAGGAAGCCGUCAAAAAGCGGGCAGACGCCAAAAGGCGCAUGGGGAAAAGGAUAAUACUCCAUAAAUGA